GGUGCCGGUGCGGUUGUCGUUGUGGUGGUGGUUGUGGUGGUGGUGGUGUUGGUGUGCUGCCAUGAACCGUAACCCCUCGCCACCUUCCAGCGAGGUGGAAGAGGAGGAGGACGCGGUGGGAAAUACGGUGUACAGCAAACACUGGCUGUUCAGCAUCCUCACCCGCCUCAUCGAGGUCAUUAGCCCUGAGAAGACAGAGCCCAUCGCGAGUCCCGAGGGAAUCCAGAUGGAGCUGGACGAGGAGAUGGAGAAUGACAUUUGUAAAGUGUGGGACAUGUCGAUGGAUGAGGAUGUCGCUUUAUUUCUUCAGGAAUUCAAUGCCCCAGAUAUAUUCAUGGGAAUUUUUGCCAAGUCAAAAUGCCCUCGCCUUACUGAAAUCUGUGUGGGAAUAUUAGGAAAUAUGGCCUGUUUCCAAGACAUAUGCAUGUCCAUUAGUAAAGAUGAGAAUCUUGGCCAGGUGCUACUGCAGCGUUUGUGUGACACAGACUCCCCAACUCUUCUGGAAACAAGCAGGUUGUUGUUGACUUGCCUCUCCCAGCCUGAGGUGGCCAAUAUCUGGGUUGAGAGAAUCCGAGAGAACCCUUCUGUGUGUGACUGUGUGUGCUUUAUCAUGUCCAGCUCUACAAAUGUUGAAUUGCUGGUAAAAGUAGGAGAAGUGGUGGACAAACUCUUUGAUCUAGAUGAGGAGCUAAUGUUGAACUGGAUUAAAAAUGGCACUUGUCCAUCUGUGGGACCAUCUGUAGAUGAUUCCCCUGAAGAACUUCCAGAUUUUAAGAUUGUGCCUUGUAUACUUGAAGCAGCCAAACAAGUCCGAUCAGAUAAUCCGGAAGGACUUGAUGUUUAUAUGCAUAUUUUGCAGCUCCUGACCACGGUGGAUGAGGGUAUUCAGGCUAUUGUGCAGGCUCCUGAUGGAGGAAAAGAGACUUGGAGUUUGCUGUAUGACCUUGUUUGCCAUGACCUUUGCCAGCCAGAUGAUCCACCGAUCAUCGUGCAGGAGCAGAAGACUGUAUUGGCCUCUAUUUUGUCUGUGCUGUCUGCUAUGUUUGCUUCACAGACAGAGCAAGAAUACACCAAGAUGAGGAAAAAUAUGCCUCUGAUUGGCAGCUUGAUUCGUAUCUUACAAUACAUGGAGGGCUGUGGGAAGAGAGCUGGUGAUAGCUCAAAGGAGUCUGAACAAGAAGAGACUGGAACAGCUGAUGUAAAUGACAAAGAUUUCCAUUUAAAAAUUUUGAAGGAUAUUUGCUGUGAAUUACUUUCCAAUAUGCUUCAAGAAUUGACCAAGGAAAAUACGUUAGAAGGACUACACCAGGGGCAUUUAAAUGAGGAGGCAUGUUCCUGUGCAUUUCAGAACCUCUUACCUCUGUAUUUUGCAUCAGUGGAGAGUUUCCUUGAAGUUCUGCGUGAGGCUGAUCAGACACUUGCUGAUAAUCUAGAAAAACGUUUCCCAAGCCUGAAGGUUCACUCCUAAGAAUGUACAUGAAAUGUUUUCCUUCUUUGGAAUGAAGAUUUUAACUGUUUUAUUACAGUGUUUCAGAAAUCAAGUUUUCAGUAAAUGCAGAAGAAUGAGGCAACCUCCUUAGCAACAGGUGGCUUUUAAGAAGUCUUCCAGGUAGCCCUGAUUAACCUAGGGUUGAUCUGUUCUCUAUGGGGAAGGAAACAACUGUAAAUUCAAUUCUGUAUCUUCCAUCCUGUUUGCUCUGGUGGUGAGGAACUGUUGAUUUCUGAUUGCUCUUCUGUACAUAGGCUUGUUUUGUUGUUUUUUUUUAAUAGCUCCUGAUUCUAUGCUUUUCAACUUAAGUUGAAACAGCAACAUGAAUGAACUGAACUGAGUAGUUAUUUGUAACGUGAUGCUGGUUUCUUCUAAGUUGCUGUUGGCAAAAGGGUUGGUAGGAAAUCCUGGAUGUCCUCUGCUUAAGGGUCUUUAAGCACCUGAUAAAAACAGAGUUAAAUUACACAGACUUAUUUGCAUUUUCCUUUUGUUUUUCUUUUUCUUUACUCUUACAGAUCAUAUCAGCAGCUUGAGCAGGUAUUCUAUUAGAAAUGUUUCAUCCUGGUCCUUUAAAAUCUUCACACUUCUUACACUAAAACCUCUUCUAUACUGUAGUUCUGGGUUGUGGCAUCUAUGUCCUGUGCAGUUUAAAGGACUUGAGAAUAUGGUUACCAAUGGUCUAUGCUGCAGCUUCCAACUAUUGCAGCCAGUCUAGAGUUAGACUUGUAGGUCAGGUUUGGUUUUAACCUGUGGUGUACUUGCAAGCUUCCUGCUUUUUAAAGCACUUCAGUUUCAGGGGAGAUUAAGGUGUUAGGUCCCUUGCAGUAAAGCCUGUCUACAUUCUUCUAAAAAUCUCACUUUUAAUUAUAUUCUAUUUAACUGCGUUACAUUUUUAGAUCACAUGCCUGCAUGCAGUGCAACUAACAUUUUCUGUGUCUGAAAAGACAGUACAGUAACACAUCAGCUUCAUUGAUUCUAUAAAUAAAAAUGGAAAACAGUUGGUCUUUAUAAGGCUUGAGAUGUAAAAGAAAAUGGAAACCAGAGCAUAGAGAAUAACUUAGUACCAUAUACCUAUUCUCUGGCUCUCCAGGUUUUUAUAGAAAUCAAGUGCUGGGCCAUGUUUUGUUUGCCCUGAGUUACCUGUACAUAUGGUAGAAUACAGUAUGUGUAUAUAUAUAUAGCCUUUUAAUCCAGACUUCCAGUUUUCAAAAACUGCUAUUUAAUCAUUCCUUUGGGCUGCCAGCAGCAUCUUAUUUGUCAGCAGGGGCUUUAGAAUUACAAAUAUUUGGCUUGUGUCACCAAAUGGAAUUGCCCUGGUUUCUAUCCAUUUUUGUAUGUUAACGUAUAUUGAAGAAAACUGGUAACUGUGAAUAGGAUGACAGCAUUUUUCAUACUACUUUGAUAGUUUUGGGGUAUUUUCUUAAACCUACAGAUUUGUAAUAAAGUUUCUUUUUUAAAAAACACCUGUACACUUUCCUUCAUUUUAAGUGUCAAUUAGAUUUGUUUUCUGAGCCACUGGAAAUAUCUGUUACUCUCAAGUAUGUCAUUUGUAAGAGGAAAACUGAACCUCUUUGUAGUGUUAAUGUCCUGUAAAAUACCUUAUCCUCCAUUGGAUAUUCAUUUUAACUGUCCCUUGCUUCUUUCUUAGCAAUUUCUAAGGUGUGGAAGUUAAUGUGUCUUUCAUCUAGCUGGUAACAUUUUUCUCAGCUCAGUUUGUCCCCUGGUGUAUCAAAAGUAACUUUAUGACAGUCCACCACAGUUAAGAAUUAUUUCUGGGUCGUGUCUUUUGAAAUUUGAUGUAGUUGAAAUUUUUCAGUAGUUGUUUACUGUAAUACACAAAAAAGCUGAGCAGAGAUCUGUUAUUUUGUUUCUUCUUCAUUUCAAUACACAAAUAUCCAGUAUUGGCUGAUUAACUGUUAAAUGUGGUAUCAGUAAUUACAACAAGUAGGUGAGAUACAUGAUUUCCCUGAUAAAAUUAUUGCCUGAGUGGGAUGAUACCUAAUGCUUGUCAUGCAGUAGAAAAAAUGGCCGAUGUUAGUGGGAAAGCAGCUGAGUCCCAUCUUUGUGCUCUUCUGUGACAUAAGAAGCUAUAGGAACGGGUCAGUCAGCCUUGCUUCAGCAGGAUGGUAAUUCAGGAAUGCCGGCAAUUUUUAUUUUUGAUAAACAUGGUGAAAUGGAAACUAAAUUCCCCUUUUUCCCCACCAGACAGCUCUUCUUUUGUGGUCUGUGCUGCAUGGGUGGGCCACCACUGCCUUUAGGAGCAAGGGGCUGGUGCCAGCUGAAUGCAAGGUAAAGGCACAGUGUUUUGGCAUUCAGGGUUGGAAGAAACAGUGGUAGCAGGUGAACAGUGUGUUUGGAAAUGCUGUGCAUGUAUUUCAUCAUCUUGCCAGCAGGGACCUCCCUUAGCCUGUGCUUUGUAAGCAUCACAUCUGGUUUUUGAGGGGGUGUGUGUGUUGGGGGCAUGUUUGGUUUUUUGUCGUUUGGGGUUUCUUUGUUUCCUCUCCUAGCUGUGCUUUUGACACCAGCUGGCAAGCCACAUCUCUCUGAGCUAGUUGAUUUGAGAAUGGGUGUCUGUCCACAAGCAGGUGAACAGCUUUAUUCCAGACCCAAGAUCUGAUUACCUCCAUAACAGUGCCCUUUGGGGAAAAACGAGAAGUGCUUGUCACUGCAAAGCUCUGAACAAGAAGCAGGUAUUACAAGUAUUGAACUAAACUAACCGAAACUCAGUCCUGCUUCGAUAGAACUGGAUGUCAACUGUGACAUGAGAACACCUAGAAAAUAGAGGUAGAAAUCAGACUGGAAGGCCUUAUUUUAAAUUAGGCUUAAUAGAUCCACAUAAUAAUUUCAAUAAAAUAUAGGAUUCUAACUCUUUUUGACUCGCAUUUUAUGUAUAUUUGGCAACUUUAUCCUACAUAGUAACUUUUCUGGAGGGGCAAAGCACUGUAAAACCAAAUAAAUGUAAUAUUUGGAGAAAAAAACAAUUAUAUUAGAAUGCUUCAUUUGUUCUCUUGACAGUGUGAGGUUGCUGCUGCUGUUGAUAACCUAAUGCUUGCCCAAUAUUCAUGUCACAAACCUGUGCUUUCUGGUAGACUCAGCCAUAUUCAGUUCACUCUUCCUUUUUGCCAUUACUUUUUUAGUUCUUAUUUUCUUGUAACUGCUGUGGUGGUUAAUUUUUCUGUAAGAUUAUGUGUUAAGAUUGACCGCUUGUAACUCUCUUUGGCUGUAACUAAGAUAACUGAAACAAAAUAAAACCCAAACCCAGAAAAA